UGGACUCCAUGUGUGCAGCGUGCAGCGAUUUGCGGCAUGAGCAAAAAUAACACCGGCUUUUUUUCACUUUUUACUGGCUCAAUGGAAAACUUUUAGUGUUAAUUGCAAGGCAAACGUCAGGGAAGUCCUCUUAAAUAAAUCUAAAAAAUGGCAGGCGAUGACUUCAGCGAGGCGCUGGACAAGAAAAAGUCGCAUCGUGAACGCAAUGCGGGCCGCAAGGCCGAGAAGAAAAAGAAGAAAAAUCCGCACGUUCAAGAUUUGACCGCAAAACAACGCAAUCCGAAGGCCUUCACGUUCAACUCUGCAGUAAAGGCGGAGAGGCAAUUCCGGCGCAAGGAGGAUAUUCAGACCAAAAAGCAGCACAUUCCAGUCGUCGACCGGAAUCCGGUUCUUCCGCCUCCAGUGCUUGUGGCUGUGGUUGGCCCUCCAAAGGUCGGCAAGAGCACCCUUAUUCAGUGCCUGAUCCGCAACUUCACCCGUAAGCCCUUGUCCAGCAUUCAGGGCCCUGUGACUAUCGUGUCAGGCAAGAAGCGACGCAUCACCUUUGUCGAGUGUAACAACGAUAUCAACUCGAUGAUCGACCUGGCAAAGGUGGCCGACCUAGUGUUGUUAAUGGUGGACGCCAGCUUUGGCUUUGAGAUGGAGAUCUUCGAGUUCCUCAACAUCUGCCAGGUGCAUGGUAUGCCCCGGAUCAUGGGUGUGCUGACCCACCUGGACAUGUUCACAAACAUGAAGACCAUGAGGCGUACUAAGAAGCAGCUCAAGCACCGCUUUUGGACCGAGGUCUACGCCGGGGCUAAGCUCUUCUACCUCUCAGGCAUGGUGCAUGGGGAGUACCUUCGCAACGAGAUCAAGAACCUCGGCCGGUUCAUCUCGGUGAUGAAGUUUAGGCCGCUCACCUGGCGCUCGACCCAUCCCUACCUGCUGGCUGAUCGCAUUGAAGACAUUACUCCCCCUGAGCAAGUGCGCCAGAAUGAAAAGACUGACCGCACGCUGUGUCUCUACGGCUGGGUUCGUGGUGUACCUCUGAACAAGAAGAGCAGCGUCCACAUCCCCGGCGCAGGCGACCACCCCAUCAAGGAUGUGUCUUUCUUGCCAGAUCCUUGUCCGCUGCCAGACAAGCUCAAGAAGCGAGUGCUCAUCGAGAAGGAGCGACUGAUCUACGCCCCGUUCUCUGGGGUGGGCGGCAUUGUGUACGACAAGGACGCAGUCUACGUUGAGCUGGCCGGCAGCCACUCUUUCCAUCAUCAGCCGGACAACGAGCAGACCGAGCUGGUGUCCGGAAUGAAGGACACGCAGCAGACGAUGGACCAGAAGAUGCAAAUGUCGCAGAUGCAGUUGUUCUCGACUUCGGAGGCGAUCGUCGCCUCCAACUGGGGUCGCAAGGUAGAUGAGGACGAGUGGACAGACGCUGAGGAGGAGAGUGACGCAGAGGGUGAAAAUGAAGAUGAGGCAAGCGAGAACGAGGAUGAUGGGAGUGAAAAGGAAGAGGAGGGGAGUGAAGAGAGUGAACAGGAUGAGGAGAGCGAGGAAGAAACUGUGACGGUUGCUCCGAAGCUGAACGGUAAAGAGAAAGUGAUGCGAAAGCCAGGCCCAUUGAGGACAAAAGUGGACACUAGCGUGAAAGUGGAUGUUCCGUGGCAGACACAAGAAAGCAAUAGAGAUGAGGUAGAUGAGCCGCCGCCUGCGAAAAAGCAGAAAAAAUCUUCAGUUGCGUUGGCAGAAAGGAAAUUGUUGCAGGAGCUGGGCGAGGACAGUGACGCGGACAGCUUGUCCGACCUUAGUGACCUCGAGUAUGAGCCAGUGGAAGAGGAGGACGAGGUGGAAGCCCCCAUCCCCGUGGCCAAAAGGCCUCCCAAAUCUAAGGACGAGGAGACAAGAGCCAAGGUAGCACAGGCAUUGGCCAGCAUCGAACAGGCUGAAAAGAGGAUCAACCUGAAGGCUCAGCAAGAAGCGGAGAAUUCUAAGGAAGAAGAUGAUGAUGACAUCCAGAUGUCUGACUUUGAAGGAGCCAGUGACGAGGAUACUGCUGAGGGUUCUGCAAUGAAGUGGAAAGAUAACUUGGCACAGAAAGCGGCCCUGGCCUACCAGGAGAGACAAGCCACAACAGUUAGCUUGCGUAAGCUAGUCUAUGGCGAGAGCAACCUGGCGAAGGACAGCGACGACGAAGAUGACAUGGGUGGAGAGCUGGGUGGCCUCUUCCGCAAGGUGAAUUUGGCGCAGGGCCAGAAGCUGGAGGAGCGGUCACUAAGGAACAGAGAAGAUGUGUCUCGCUUCCCUGACCCUACACACCAGCGAGACUGGAAGCAGGAGCACGUCCGGGACUUGAUCAGGGACUGCUUUGUGACUGGAAAGUGGAAGGAGGAGGAGGACGCCAACGAUCUACUAGAAAUGGACGACCUUGACGAAGACGGUGACUUUGAAGACCUUGAGACGGGCGAGAAACAUGAAUCAGGCAAACCCUCUGAAAAGGAUGAGACGCCUGAAGAGCGCAGAAAACGGAUGAUCGAAAAGAAAAGGAAGCUGAAGGAGAAAUUCGAUGCUGAGUAUGAUGACACGGAUGGUGGAAAAACCUACUACGACGAGCUGAAACAGGAGAUGAGCCAGCAGGCGCAGCUCAAUCAGAAGGAGUUUGAGCACAUGGAUGACGAGAUGCGAGUCCAGCUUGAGGGUUACCGCCCCGGCAUGUACGUGCGUGUCGAGUUGACCAACAUGCCCUGCGAGAUGAUCACCAAUUUUGACCCCAAGUACCCCAUCAUUCUUGGAGGGCUGAAUCCUGGCGAGGAGAAUAUCGGCUACGUUCAAGCCCGCACAAAGCGCCACCGCUGGUUUUCCAAGACCCUCAAGACAAAGGACCCGCUGAUCUUCUCGCUCGGCUGGCGCCGCUUCCAGACGCUGCCUCUUUAUUCAAAGCAAGAGGACAACAUGCGCAACCGUUAUCUCAAGUACACGCCGCAGCACGUGGCUUGCCUGUCGCACUUCUGGGGGCCCAUCUCGCCCAAGGGCACCGGUUUCCUCGCCGUGCAGGACGUGUCUGUGCGCCAGACCGGCUUCCGCAUCGCAGCCACCGGCACUGUGCUUGAGCUGGACAAAUCGGCUCAGGUGAUGAAGAAGCUCAAGCUCGUUGGAACACCACUCAAGAUCUACAAGAAGACUGCUUUCAUCCAGGGAAUGUUCACCUCAAGUCUUGAGGUCGCCAAAUUUGAAGGAGCAAGAGUAAAAACCGUGUCUGGCAUCCGUGGCCAGAUUAAAAAGGCGGUGGGCAAACCAGAAGGCUCGUUCAGAGCCACUUUCGAAGACAGAAUCCUGCUGAGCGACAUUGUCUUCUGCCGCACGUGGUACCAGGUGAAAAUCCCUCAGUUCUACGCGCCAGUGACGUCACUGCUGCUGCCGACCGAGCAGAAGAACAAGUGGAAGGGCGCCAAAUCACUCGGCGAAUUAAAGAGGGAGAAGGGAAUCAGGAACGAGGCGCAGCUGGACUCACUGUACUUACCGAUCGAGCGCAAGGAAGUGGCCCCAGCGCCCCUGUCCAUCCCAAGAAGCCUUCAGCGGCAACUGCCCUAUGAGGACAAGCCCAAGAUGGUUGUGAAGAGGGACCAGAGGAAAAUGGAACUUGAGUCGCAACGAGUGGCGGUUGUGCUGGAGAAGCACGAGCAAAAGGCGCAUGAGCUGAUGAGGCGGCUUAAGACCACCUUCGAGCACAAACAAGAGACCCUGAAGAAGGCCACCGCGGUCAGGAUGGCCGCGCACAGGGCCCAGCUACAGAAGGAGGAGGCAAGGAAGAGCAAGAGGGAAAAGACGCUGCGCAAGGAGAUCUUUAGGAACAUAAGCAAAAUGGAGAAGAGGAAAAAGAAAGAUGAUUAAAUUGUAGAAUUUAUUUUCCUGUUAUUAAAAGGACACACUUUCAAUAA